GUCCCUCGAAGCCGGAUAAGGAAGCGAUUUUCUGUCAGCCAAGCCCAAGUGAAUGUGGGGUCUUUGUUUUUAUUUUGAUGAAGAGCAUUUAACUUCGCUACAUUUGAUAUCACACUUGUUUAUUUUCACCCGCUACUGCUACAGUAACAACGCGCAGAAUGAUCCCUAUUGAGGAUGCGUCUGCGAGGAAGAGGGAGAUUGAAGAAAAGCUCAAACAGGAACAAGAAACCUUGUCAUUCAUCCGCGAGAAUAUGGAGAAAAGUGAUCAGCUGACCAAGGGAAUGGUGUCCAUCCUGUCCUCCUUUGAGAGCCGUCUCAUGCAGCUGGAGAACUCCAUCAUCCCGGUGCACAAACAGACAGAGAACCUGCAGAGGCUCCAGGAGAACGUUGACAAAACCCUCUCAUGCAUGGACCAUGUUAUAAGCUACUACCACGUGGCCAAAGACACAGACAAGAUCAUCAAAGAGGGACCAACAGGAAGACUGGACGAGUACCUGGCCUGUAUUGCCAAGAUCCAGAAAGCUGUUGAAUACUUCCAAGACAACAAUCCGGACAGCCCAGAGCUCAACACAGUGAAAGCACGUUUUGAGAAGGGGAAGGAGCUGUUGGAGGCCGAGUUCCGCGGCCUUCUGACCCGCUACAGCAAGCCAGUGCCCCCUAUCCUGAUCCUGGAUGCCAUCGGCGUGGACGAGGAGCUGGAGGUCCAGGAGGUGGUCGUGUUGGAGCAUCUCCCCGAGGCAGUGCUGCAGGACAUCAUCUGCAUCUCCGGCUGGCUGGUGGAGUACGGGCGCAACCAGGACUUCAUGAAUGUGUACUUCCAGAUCCGCUCCAGCCAGCUGGACCGCUCCAUCAAGGGCCUGAAGGAGCACUUCCGUAAGAACAGCGCCUCCUCAGGCGUCCUGUACUCCCCUGCCGUGCAGACCAAGCGCAAGGACACGCCCACCAAGAAGGCACCCAAGCGGCCAGUCUACAUCCCAGGGACCAUUCGCAAGGCUCAGAACCUUCUGAAACAGUACUCACAGCAUGGGCUGGAUGGGAAAAAAGGGGGCUCUAACCUCACUCCUCUGGAAGGUCACGAUCAUGACCCGCGGGUCAAACACCAGUCAGACACCCUGACGGAGAAGCACGGGGCCACGGCAGGGAAGGAUGAUGUCCUGGACAUUGAGAUCGACUCCUACAUCCACUGCAUCAGUGCCUUCGUGAAGCUGGCCCAGAGCGAGUACGCCCUGCUGACGGAGAUCAUCCCCGAGCACCACCAGAAGAAGACCUUCGACUCCCUCAUCCAGGAGGCGCUGGAUAACCUGAUGCUGGAGGGGGACAACAUCGUAUUGGCGGCCCGCCGGGCCAUCAUGCGACACGACUACUCUGCCGUUCUCACCAUCUUCCCCAUCCUCCGACACCUGAAGCAGACCAAGGCCGACUUCGACACCACCCUCCAGGGCACCGCUGCCAGCACCAAGAACAAGCUGCCCACCCUCAUCACGUCCAUGGAGACGGUAGGAGCCAAGGCCCUGGAAGAGUUUGCAGACAGCAUCAAGAACGAUCCUGACAAGGAGUAUAACAUGCCCAAGGACGGCACUGUCCAUGAGCUAACCAGCAACGCCAUACUCUUCCUGCAGCAACUGUUGGACUUCCAGGAGACGGCCGGGGCCAUGCUGGCGUCUCAAGUACUGGGGGACACUUAUAAUAUACCUAUAGACCCCCGAGAGACCAGUUCCUCAGCCAGCAGCUACAGCUCAGAGUUCAGCAGAAGGCUUCUCAGCACCUACAUAUGCAAGGUGCUGGGGAACCUACAGCUGAAUCUACUCAGCAAAUCCAAAGUGUACGAAGACACGGCUCUGAGCGCCAUCUUCCUCCACAACAACUACAACUACAUCCUCAAGUCUCUGGAGAAAUCGGAGCUGAUCCAGCUGGUCACAGUCACUCAGAAGAAGGCCGAAGGCUCCUACAGAGAACUGAUCGAGCAGCAGAUCCACAUGUACCAGCGCAGCUGGCUCAAGGUCACCGAGCACCUCACCGACAGGAACAUGCCGGCGGUCCAGCCCGGCGCCAAGCUGAAGGACAAGGAACGUCAGGUUAUCAAAGACAAGUUCAAGGGCUUUAACGACGGUCUGGAGGAACUGUGCAAGAUCCAGAAGGUGUGGGCCAUCCCAGACAAGGGCCAGCGAGAUGCCAUCCGCCAGGCCCAGAAGAGGAUGGUGUCAGAGGCCUAUCGGAACUUCCUCCAAAGAUACGCCAACAUCUCAUUCACUAAGAACCCUGAGAAGUAUAACAAGUACAAGCCUGAGCAGGUGGAGGACAUGAUUGAGAGGCUUUUCGACACCUCAGCUUGACACAUCCUGUGGUCACGCCUUCUGAAGCCACAACCAAUCCCUGACACUCUUUUCAGCGUGGGACACACCUAUUGGUCACGUCGUCUGAAGCCACAACCAAACCCUAACACUCAUUUCAGUUUUGUGGGUCAUCUGCUACGAAGAGAAGACCUCCGUCAUCGCCUGGUGUCUGAUGAAUGUUCAUUUGAUUGUAUAAAAAUAAAUGUAUUUAUAUGUAGUUGACCUGUGAGCACCUCGAUCUAAUAAAGCAAAGCCUGUGAUAUA